ACAGGAGAGAUGCAGGCUCACAAAUUCGUCGAGGAUUUUUCAACGCACCUUCACCAAAAAAAAUCACUUUGCAGCGCAGAAAGACAAUGUCGCCAUCUGGUGGGAUUUUUCCCAAGUACUGUUGCAGCUGACAAGUCAAAGAAGUGGGGCUUAAAAAGUCAUUGAAGAGCGGAGAGAUUUUUCAGAUCCCACAAGAAUACUUUGGUGGAAUUUUAGAAUGCAGAGUGUUAUUAAUUCCGUAAAGGGAACAGCCCUGGGUGUAGCUGAAUACUUGACUCCAAUCCUUAAGGAGUCAAAAUUUCGUGAGACAGGCGUACUGACUCCGGAAGAAUUCAUUGCUGCUGGAGAGCAUUUGGUACAUCAUUGCCCUACGUGGCAAUGGGCCAUGGGGGAUGAAACUAAAAUCAAGGCGUACCUCCCGAAAGAUAAGCAAUUCCUCAUUACACGAAAUGUUCCCUGCUACAGGCGCUGCAAGCAAAUUGAGUACGUGGGUGAGGAGACAAUUGUCGAGGAGGACGACCAGGAGGGUGGAUGGGUUGAGACACAUCACUACGAUGAGACGAAUGCAUCGGGUUUGGAUGAAAAAGUGUCCGAGAUGACGCUGGAAUCGAGUAAAGUGGAUGCAAUGGAGGAUGCUGAUGAGGAGAGUCAAAACAAUGAGGAGGAGGAGGAGGAUGAUGAUGAGGAAGCAGCUGAUAUGGAGAUGUUUGAGGAAAGUGGAAUGCUCGAGCAAGUAGAUCCGGCUACAGCAACGAGAAUUCGUAAACCCGAUCCACCAAAACCAUCCACAUCCACGGAGGCAGAAGGAGAUUCUGUAGUCCAUACGCGUACCUAUGAUCUUCACAUUACCUACGAUAAGUACUAUCAGACACCGAGACUUUGGGUCGUAGGGUACGAUGAGAAUCGAAAACCUCUGACUAUGGAGCAAAUGUAUGAGGAUGUGAGUCAGGAUCAUGCCAAGAAGACGGUCACAAUGGAGACACAUCCUCAUAUCCCAGGGCCAAAUAUGGCCUCAGUACAUCCCUGCAAACAUGCUGAUAUAAUGAAGAAAAUUAUUCAAACUGUGGAGGAUGGUGGCGGAGAGCUUGGGGUCCACAUGUACUUGAUAAUCUUCCUGAAAUUCGUACAGACCGUCAUUCCCACCAUUGAGUACGAUUUUACGCAAAAUUUCAGCAUGAAGAACUAAAAAGGAUAAAACAACAGCAGCAGCUCUAAUCUUCAGCUCACAUUCUGAAUUCUCAGCUUUUUAUGGCAGAUUUUUUGCAUGCAAAUUAUGAAUAAAAAAAAAAUUGUGACUGCAGAAAAUUGAAUUUUACAUAAAAGAAAAAAAAAGAAA